AUGCAUUCCCAACACUUCCUCACUUUCUUCUUCUUCCUUCUCCUCUCCAUCACCACCCUCACUUCCUCAACACCAUCCUCACAAAACGAUGACACUUUCGAUUUUGCUCGUCCUAUAGAUCGCAAAUUAUUAGGCAUAAACAAAAAAGAAAAGCUAAGUCAUUUCAAAUUCUAUUGGCAUGACAUAUUGAGUGGAAAAAACCCAUCUUCAGUCAUGGUUGUCCCACCAACAUUAAACUCAAGCACUGCUUUUGGUUUAGUCAACAUGAUUGACAACCCUUUAACAUUAGGACCAGAACUCAGUUCCAAACUUGUUGGAAAAGCUCAAGGCUUCUAUGCUUCUGCUUCACAGGUUGAACUUGGUUUUCUUAUGGCUAUGAAUUUAGCUUUCAUUGAAGGAAAAUAUAAUGGAAGUACUAUUACUAUUUUGGGGAAGAAUCCUGCUAUGAAUAACGUUAGAGAGAUGCCUGUUGUUGGUGGAAGUGGACUCUUCAGAUUUGCUAGAGGAUAUGCUCAAGCUCAUACUCAUUGGAUUGAUCUCAAAUCUGGAGAUGCUGUUGUUGAGUACAAUGUUUAUGUUUUUCAUUAUUGA